CGCGUAAAUGGGCCAGUGGUGGGAGACCCGGAGAUCAGCUGGGACUGCAAAACAAUAGCUCGGCCGGGACUGCUUACCGGGAGCCGGAGACCACCUCACAGACCGGGAACCGGCCACCACACUGCCCAGGCUGCCAGGACUCCGGGGAACCGGCCAUAGUGACCCCAGUCUCAUUGUAAAGGGAGGGAUCUGGCCUUAAAGUGCUGCAGCUCUAAUAAUUCCCAUAGACUGGGUACAGACUGAUCUGUAACUCACCCCAGGACAAAUAAUAAUAUAUUUUAAUUAUUUUUUUAUGUUCUUUGACUUAUGUAUGGGGAGGUGGGACUUGCAGAAAGUUUAAGGAAGUGUAAUAGUGCAUUAAUUUAAUAUAUUUAUAAUAAUAAUGGGUGAUAGACCUAUUUAAAAGCACUUUCAUUUAUUUAAUUUAAAUGCUAUUGUGUGCAUUGCUUUACUCAAGACUUGCUUCCUGCACUUAAAUGUCAUUUGUUUUUUUUUAUAGACCCUAUCUUUAAAUCUAGAAUCCCCCUCCUCAAUAUAUGCAUGCUUGAAGAAAAUUGCAUAUAAAUAUAAUUAUUUUGUAAUUUAUUGGUUUAAAUGCUACAUGCAUGGCUAAUUCCAUGCUUGGAAUUCUAAUGUAUAACUUAUUUGUGUAGGUAAAAUAUACAUGAUCUUGGUUUUUUUUUCACAGCACAAAAAAAAUAUCCCCUAAAUUUUACCAGCAAUUAUCUCUUGCAUUGUUUUGUUUUUGGGAUACCUAGAAUGAAGACUGAUUUAGUUUAGAAGUAUAUCAUUUGUGAUUUAGCAGCUUUCUGCACACAAAGAUCAGUGAUUUUUAAUUGCACUUUUAGCAUUCUUACUUUUUGUUUUGAAGGAUAUUGGCAGAUACCUUUUUUAUCUUCUGAGAAUUUGAAGUUCUCAGACCGUUUCAAACUUUCACUAAAAACCAGUGGAUUGUGUUAAUUCUGAGUGCAACUAAUUAAAAGCUUGUUGAUUGAUACACCUGUUGUUGGAGAAUCACAAAUCUGUCUGCAGCAACCGCCUACAAGAUCUAUUGUUUGGAUACUACAAUAGCCUUGGAUGUUCCUGGCCAGUAUGGGAGCUGUAAAGACUGCGGGGCAGAAAGAAUAACCCCCCACUGACCAUGUCCCAGGAGUUUGGGUUAUCCUACGGCUGCAUUGAUGGAGAUUUUGGAACACUUUGGGAAACGAGCACCAUUCAUGUUGCUGAGCAGCAGAUUGUCAUCAUAUCCACGCCAGAUGUCCCUGCAGAGGGUCCUGGAGGUUCUGGACUCAGUGAGGCUGAGCUGAUGCUUUUUACAACACCACAAGGGCCCAGUACCACAACUGCUGGACAGAAACCAGCUCUAGGACGUCCACCGGUAAUAUGGCACUGCAUUGAUGGUUUUUGUAUAAUUAUACUUGUAAAUCAGUCACAAAAUUUUUAAAGGGGGGAUUACUGGAUGGCUUUGUUACUUUUUUUUUAUUUAUUUUUUUUUAUUCCUAUGCAUUUGUUAGACUUUAUCUCUAAGGCGAAUAUCUAAUCUUAACAAACUGACUUUAAGGAAAUGAAUGAAAACGGCUUGACUAAGUGAACAGAAGUUAAUAUGAGCUACUCCAAUUCAUUUCUAUAAAGUGAAUGUGUUAGUUUGUAGCUGUUAAAUACAAGUUUGAGCAAACCCCAUUUAUGUUCAUCAAGGAAGAAUGCAUGGGAUGAUUGACAAUGUACAGAUGACCAGAUUCUCAUCAGGGUCCCACACAAAAGAGGCUGUGCGAAUUUGCGUUUAUUUUUCACCUUGUUAGAUCCAUCCUUUUGUGUGCAGCAUCCCCCCUCCCCAAACACUGUAAGGUACUUGCUCGUGUCCCUGCAGUCAAACUAGUGAAAAUGUGAAAUGCCUAUAAUUCUUUAAAUUGUAAAGCAAAAUAUGAUUAGUGUUUUCCACCAUUUUAUCCGUAACGUUAACUGUUGUUUUUUUAGGAUGAUUAUCGCCAAUUAUGGACCUUUUUAAUUCCACAAAAUUUAGAGAACUACACAUUGAUUACCCAGGUCAGCAGGCUAAUUGAUCUAAACCUGCAGCCCCUUUGAGAAUUUUAACACACUACGUAAAUAUCUAGUUAAUAGUUCCCUAUAUUCAUUAAUGGGGUGUCAGAGGAAAUGCCCUCCAGAUAUUAUUGGAAUGCCUGUACAUUACUGAAGUCUCCAUUGUAGGUUGUUUUUCAGCUGUUAUCUACCCACUUCCACAAUUUCCUGCAAAGUGGCUCCAGAUACAAAGCAGUAUUUAUUUAGGUUUUUGUUUUUUACUUUUUGAAGCAGUGUAUAAUGUGCAGUUGGUUGGUCUGUUUAUUUUAUUUAGACUAAGUUUCCAUUAGUCUUUCAUCAAUGAUCUACUGCAACCUUACACAUACUUUCACAACUAAGCUCAGAUUAUUAUUAUUAUUAUUAUUAUUAUUAUUAUUAUUAUUAUUGACAGGUUCCGCAGCACUUUACAAUGGGUAGCAUUGAGCCUAUAAGGUAGUGCCCUGCACAUUUGAUACCGUGAGUGCCUACCCAUUUCCUGGUUGGACCUCCCCAAUCUGCGAUUGAUGGUUUGGAAUACUGCUAAAACCUGACAAUAGCACAAAUAAAGACUUUGUUUGCUGAUACCAGGACAACAAAUGACCAGAAAGAGAAUGUUUUAGUGCCAGUUCCAUUGUAUUUGUUGCCAUGACUUCUGGCUCUAGGUUUUCAAGCCCUGCAAUAAACCUUUAAUCAGAAGUUUAUGGGAUGUGUAAUGCGCUCCCACUAAGAACAAUUGGGCAGUGAUAUCUUGGUCCUUGGAGAAACUACAGAAGGGGCCGUAAGUGUGUGUGUGUGUGUGUGUGUGUGUGGGGGGGGGGGUUGUUUAUUUUUGUUUAUAUUACUAUUCUUAGGCAUUUUGAUCUGCAAACUGUUCUAAAUAAAGUUAGAAAAGCACAGCGGUGGGCUAGGUAACAAGGCUUGUCUUUGACAGAAAAUGGAUUCUUCUCUUGAAAUGCUGUGGGGUGGGGGUGUUUUUUGUGUGGCUUAGCAGAUCUUUAACCCCUCUAGCUCUGAAACAGUGUUUGGAUUUUGUUGUUGACUAAUUGCUGCUUUUUAUUUACUGGAUGGAGUGUUUCUGGCAUGUAUGUUAUGUGGUUAUGCCUCCCUACCCCUUGCUGGGACUGGUUUGUAGGCUGUUAGCAGGUGGGGGAACCAGUGGAAUGAGAUGCAGGAAUGCUACCACCUACGCUCCCACCUUAAGAAACCAGUAUAAAGAAGGGUGGGGUCCUCUACCAAAAAGCAGCUGAUACACCAAGGGAGUGGUUUAAAGGGACAUGCCAGGGUGCUCCCAUAGCUAUCUGAUUAUGUGUGCGGCAGAAAUGGUUAACCUUUGACACAGCAAAUGUAAAUAAAUUUGUCAAGUGACAAUGAAGAAAUGUAAAUGCACUGUGAAAAAUAACAGCAAUAACUGAAGCCUUCAUUUAAAAUUUUUAUUUAUAUAUAUAUAUUCAUUUUUUUUUUUUUUUUUUAACCCGGACAGUGUAAUUGUAUUUAAAAAUGAUGCUGCGUAGCUUGAGCAGUAAUUCAGAAGUAAGUUGUUGCCCUGCUGUAAGUACACAGCAAUAUAUGGUGUACUGAGUGAUAUGCAAUUAAAGGGACUCUAGGCACCCAGACCACUUCAUUUUAAUUGGAUGCUGUGUUGUUCGCUCCUUAAAUGCAGCCCUUUUCCUUGCUGUCUGUCUUCAUUCUACAACCAUGAAUCUCUGCAGUAUUCUCUUUCCCAAAUGUUGCCAGAUUAUCACCUAGCUCUCUUGAAGUGAUCUCUACCAAGGUACCAAAAAACAGCUGCCAACUGCAUGAAGUUGGAGGAUGCACACAAUUGAGGAACAUAGAAUGUUUACACUAAGUCUGGAUUAGCCAAUGAAAAGGCCAGGAAUACACACUUUUCUCGUGUAUGCAAAUUUCUUGGCUCUUGUCAACAAGUACUCCUGGUUAAGCUCUAGGAGCGUUUUGGUUGUUUUGAGUGUCCUACAGGGAAAGAGACGGCACAUGGUCUUUUGGACUUACCAGGAAACUACUGGUAAGGGGGAAAAGCAGUUUCUAAUCUUACAAUAAAGAAUGUAUACAUAACGGCUGCUUUAAGAUUAUACUCGCACUAAUAAGUAAUAUAAGUUGCCUAGUGGGAUCUAGAGUCUAUAAUAAAGAACAUGAAAUUUGUGCUGAGCAAGUCCCCUGGAUGCCUGCAGUCCACCCACUUUAGCACCAGGGAUGGGCGGUAGCGAGUAGCUGAGAGCGUUAGCUGACCACUCCUUGACUCGUAGCCACUCAAUGCUGUGAAUUGGUAUGGCUAAAGUGGUAUGUAUUCUCCUACUUAGCUAUACCUUCAGCAAGAGUUUGGGUGCAGAGAAUCUUUUUCAGUGUUAAACACUCCAAGAGCUAUAACUCCUAUAUAGUGCUGUUGUGGUACCAGGAUUGCCCCAGUGUAAGUAGCCAAAUCCAUUUGUGGUCCUCCGGACACUGGCCACCUCCUGCACUUAGAAUUAGUUUAUUGGUUGAGAGCAGCAGCUGGUCGUUCUCAGCCAAUGAGUUAAGCCCUCGACCAGCAGGCUUAUCUCAGUGCUGUGGGCUCGGCUUUCAUAGAGGCAGUUGUUGAAGCCCAGUUUGACACCUGUUGGCAAAAAUUUAUCUACCUUAUAGGGCCACUAAUGAGUUAAUAUGGUUAAAGUGUCUAAAGUCUCCGUAAAAUGUGUUCAUUAGCAGAUAUGCCCUUCUGUUCUUUUAGUUUAAUAUGCAGCUUCAUUACAAUGUAGUAAAGCAAAAUUUCAUCAUGCUAAGAUUUAUAUGAAAUAAACAGUGCAUUAGUAUAUUUUCUAUACUUAAAAAAAAAAAAAAAAAAUUAUUAUUUUUUUUUUUAAUCAUGAGUUUCGUUAUUUGUAUUUUUUAAAAUAUUGCACAGGUCAAGCGAAAAUUGGACUUAGAAGCAGGACACCGUUACAUUCCAGAGGCUUUGCAGAGUCCUCGUGGGAAGACCAGGAAUCCUAGUGGAAGAGGUUUGGCACAUUAUUUGACAGCUUGAGUCCUGGAAAAUUGUUUCUUGAAAAAAAAUUAAUACAUUUGCAUGCAUUAAAGCUAUCAAUUGUGUAACAAUUGUUCUAAUGGAAAUAUAGCAAUACUUGCACUCCUACACCUUGAGUAGGGUUUUAUGUUUAAUAGGACACCAAAAUAUAGAUGUGAUAUUGCUCAUUUUAAUAUGUAUGGCAGCUUAUGUUCCAAAUUGGCUACAUUCAAAUACACCUUUUUAUAUUAAAGCCUAUUGUUGUGCUUCAAAGGACUCCACUCCAGUUCAACAAGCAAUUUUACUGACUGCAUACCACCCCCCACUAUGAAUUGACUUUUACAUUUUCCAUCUUUAUUUUUGAAGUGUGCAUUAUUGGGGGAGAAGUUGUCAUGUUCCAACAUUACACACUUUGCUAUUUUGUUUUUGUUUUCAUAAUUCAGGUAAAGGGACACUAUAGUCACCAAAACAACUUUAGCUUCAUGAAGCAGUUUUGGUGUAUAGAACAUGCCCCUGAAGUUUCACUGCUCAAUUAUCUGCCACUUAAUCACUGUUUCUGUUUAGGCAGCCCUAGCCAUAUCCUCCUGGCUGUAACUGACACACCAUGCAUUAAAACAAAAUAGUUUUAUUUUCAAUCGGAUGUAACUUACUUUAAAAGUUUUAUCUCCUGUCCUGUAAAUUGAACUUUAUUACAUACUGGAGACUCCUGCAGGGUCUAACAAGCUAUUAACAAAGCAGGAGAUAACGCAUACCAAAUUAAACAGAAACUGCAAUAAUGGUAGUGUAAACAUUAGAUAACUCUUUACAGGAAGUGUUUAGGAAGGCUGUGUAAGUCACAUGCAGGGGGGUGUAACUAGGACUGCAUAAAUAAAUGAAAUGAUUUAACUCCUAAUAGUAGAGAAUUGAGCAGUGAGACUGCAGGGGCAUGAACUAUACACCAAAACUACUUUUGUUAAGCUAAAGUUGUUUUGGUGACUAUAGUGUCCCUUUAAGAUACAGGGAAGAAGGGUGACUCAUAUGUCAACUGAAAUAUAAUUUUUCAACAUUUAGGCCAAAAAUCUCCAAAGUUUCUAUUGUCAGAGCCGGUAUUACUGCCAGGCAAACUAAGAAGACGUCUAGGGUGCAAUGUCUAGGCUUUGAGUGUCUGGCAGGAGGAGAGUGCAUAGCACGGCGCUCCCCCACCUGCCAGUCACUUCUUUUAGCAUGGUCGCACGGAUCAAGGGUAGAGGAUCUUCUUCAGCAUCCUCUACCCGUUCUGACAGGAAGUACUCGCUGGGAGCAACGAACAGUUUUCUUGGGACAAUAACAGACUCAGAGGGACUGGGGAAGGGGACAAUGAUACUCCGAGGAAUUGGGGAAUCGAUACAGAUACUCUUACGGAUUGUGUGUAUCCAUUGACCGUAGUAAUAAGGAACUGCCUGCCACACAAUGUCAGAGUGCAGCCCAUGUAGUCACUUCUUCACAUGUUGGGAUUGUUUGGUGGAGCAUCAGGGUAAUUUGGCCUGAACUGUCUUUAGUUUAAAAUAUAAUUCCUUGCCCUAGAGACUCCUGAAUUGUGUAAUUGGUAAAUCAGAAUGUGAAUGGCAAAACUUUCUCAUUUAUAUAUAGCUGUAAAGUCUCCUGGAGAAAGGUCCCGUUACGAGACCUCUUUGAACCUCACCACAAAGAGAUUUCUGGAGCUGCUGAGCCAGUCUCCAGAUGGAGUGGUGGAUCUCAACUGGGCAGCUCAGGUGCUGAAUGUGCAAAAGAGGAGAAUAUAUGACAUCACCAAUGUAUUGGAGGGGAUCCACUUGAUCACCAAGAAAUCAAAGAACCAUAUCCAAUGGCUGUGAGUACAAAAAUUAUCCUUCUACUCUUGCGUUAACUUCACCUAACUGUUCAUUCAUUUUAAACUCUGCCGUGGUAGAUGUGUGCCUUAGAUAACCCCACUCCCAUCAUGUUGUAGUCAAACAGCACCUUAUAGCCCAAACAUUGUGUGCUUGCGCAUGCUAAUUCUGAGAUAUAUUUGAUCCAUCUCCUAUUCCUAUUAAGAAAUCUGGCUCGGCUUGCUUGUUUCAUGUUCAGGAUAGUAUUAGUCACACCUAAUGAAUUCUUAAAGUCCUCCCUCAACCUUCACAAAUUCCUCCUUUAAGGGGAAUCCAGGUGUCACUUCCUGAGUAGUGUUUUGACACAUCGGUUCUGUUGAAAAUGAUUAAUCUUGCAUUCCAAAGAUUUGUCAUUUUACAACUUUCUCAUUCCUUCUACCUAGGUGUGCAUAUUUCCUGCCCACCUUGUAGUGGGGGAAACCUGGGGAACAAAACUCCUUAACCUCCCUCCCAAUGCUAUUUAAAAAAACAAAACACCAAAGCCUAAAUAUAUUUAUCUCUAUAUAUCCUGACCAUAGAAAUGGCCAGUCUUUUUUUUGCUGUAUAUAUGAUUGGUGCAUUUCUGUUUCAGGGGUAGCAGGACUGUGGUGGAAUCGAGCAGUAGGUACCAGGCGCUGGUUAAUGAAUGCCAGGACCUUGUCAAUAAGGAACAGCGUUUAGAUGACCUACUUCACAUGUGCACCACUCAGCUGAAACUGCUCACUGAGGAAUCGGAGAGUCAAAAAUAUCCUUUACGUAAAGUGACCUACCCCAGUUUUUAUUAACAAUACACCUAUUUCUGGUCGGUGAUUUCCUGUAUUGAAGGUGUGAAAAUAAGUGGCAUCCACUUUACUGUAGACUUUGUAAACCCAAAAGUGCCCACAAUAGUGUAUGUCAAUAUACUAUUUUAUUUAUUGCUCACUAGGUAACUGCUGUUUACAGGAUCGAUGCACCAGGUAACGAUGUAUCAUGUGACAAUAUAACAGCAGAGCUCAGCAAAGUAAACCUCUCUGCAACCCACACACUGCUUGUACUUUUCUGUUUCUUUGCUCCAGCAGAUUACAAGGGAUGCCAUGCAUAAUGGGCGAAAAACUUUUUAACCUAUCAUGUACCAUGUUUUGACAUCACAAUAAUGGUCUUUAAAUACCAUACACCUGUAUGGCGUAACUAGCAUUUCAGGUCAAUGUAACCAUCCAACCCUUAGUAGAGGGGUCACUCUGUCAACCUAUUAUGAUGGCACCGACCGGAGCAGAGCUAAAUCCUUUAAGGAUGCAAGACAAAGUUAAUCAAUCUUCUGCUUCAGUUAAUCAUACGUUUUCUCUAUUCCACUGUUCUGUUUCUAUGCUGCAUGGAUUGCUUUUGUCAGCAUCAAUGCUGUAUGUGACUUGCUCUCUCUAAAAUUGUAAAUAAUUUCAGCAAACUUCUAUCCAUUAGAAAAUGUAUCUGUAUCUUGGUGUUUCACCACGUUAGAGCAAUGUUUCAACCUCCUUCAGACAUUAACACUAACCCACACCCUUUUUUUUUAUACCAAAAAGCAUAGGUGCAAAAUCUCUGCAGUUAACACAAACACUAACGGGACCUCUUCCAGUAACCCGACUGGUUACCUCCUGUUAGUUUUCUUCCUUCAGCUGAUCGGGAAUGCUUACAUGGUUAGGGGACUUAGCUCUAUGCGCUCCUAGGCAAAGACAACACAGACCUUGAAGCUCUUGGUCCUUACCAGGACUUUUCCCUGUUGCGUCCCCUGCAAGCUGGAACAGCAGACACAGGGGCACUUGGCUGACAAUCUUUAUUUACCAAACAGUACACAGGGAUACACGUUAAACCAUAUUACAUUUAAGGGAAUUACACUUUGGGGCUUGGCACACUUUGAAGGGAAGGGGUUUCAGGGUUGUAACCUACAUUGCUAGAUUGCCCUGGGUCCCACCUUGGAUCCCUGCAAAAAGCGGGGCGAUCGGAUGUACAGAGCCAAGGUAUCGGCAUCGAAAGUCUGGGGCUUGAGGCUCUGUACAUUAAAUUCCAUGGCGUUGCUGGGUUUAGUCCGAAUUCAAACCUAACGCCUAAACCAAGCAACAAACAAUCGGCUGAAAGGGUGCGAACCAAAUUGCGCCAAUCAGCGCUCUGGGGAGGAAGGAAUUUUGCGGCCCAAUCAGAAAAAAGGGCGCGAAACCCUGUUUGAACAAGCGCUCCUCCGAUUGGUCGUCUGCGCCCCGCAGCGACAAAUCAGCGCUCACUUGUGCCGACCAACCAGGAGAAUGGAGCGAACCCAGUUUGAAUGGGUGCUCCCUCUCCUAUUGGUCGGCACAGACUUCCAUGCGGCCAACGGAACUCUGGACGUGAGACUGACUCACAGCUCCAAAGAUUCCCUGCUAGCGCGCGUCCCUCCCUACAGUGGAUAUCCCCGGAGAGGGUCCUCCCCUGGGCAACCACAAGCCUAGCUUCGUAGCUCCCAGGUAGGGGAAAGGGACUAGUGACUACAGCUUCCUUGAGAGCUGGUAGGAUGGUCCCCGACACGGGGACCGAAGACUGGGUGCGCAGGCCGGUUCAGCUAUACGAACCGGCGGCCACCCAGGGGAGCACACGCCGCUUGUUCCCUUGCGGUUUUCACAACUAGUUAGCGAGGUGUGAACGUUCUAACCACAUGUUCUAAAUGGAGAAUCGGGGUGAUGAACCGGAGGGCCCCCGCGUGGCUGAAAAUUAAAAUGCAUUAUAGAGUGUAAAAAUACAAGGAGAAACACAUAUUCAACAAGGGAUAAUCCUAACAAUACACAUUGGGGGCACAAAAUACAAAACCAGACAUCUGAAUACUCAAUGGGCAUGGCAUUUAGCGGCCGUGUACCGCCACAAACACAAUCUAAUGUAAUCUGAUACAAAGGAAAACCCUUUCAAAACUCCAAUUAAAAAAAAAAAAAAAAAAAAUCUAUAAAUACAUAUGCCAGGGUUCAACAAAUCCCAGGUCGCCUAGGAAUCUUUUUUUUUAAUUUAUUUUUUUCUGCCGCCUGGGAUGUCAGCCCGAAGCAGCGAGCCAGUAGCCGGUGUUGUGGGAGAGCAGAGGUGGGCUGCCAUACUAAACCGUGCAUGCGACAGGAUGCAGAGCAGGGAGAAGACAGCCCUACCAGACCUCAAGGAAAUCCUAUUAAUUUUAGCUCUCCAAAAGUAGGGAGGCUGAGUGAAUUUCAAUUUAUUUUUUAAAUUACAACUUCUGAGUAUGUGUGUCUGUUUAGGUGAUCGGUCUCCCUCUUAUUGCAUGGGAAAGGUGAUUUUAUAUUUACCCCCACAAUCAUGCUGUGAUGGUUUAGCCAUGGCUGGACCUGCCUGCAUGUCUUGGAUAAUCAUAAUUAUUUAAGCCAAGCAAUGCACUAAUCUGCAUCUCUAUGGGGAACAUUCAGUGCCUCUAUGUUAAGCAUGGAGAAGCUGAACAUAGGUGCUGCACACUGCGCAGCACUGGACUAGGAAGCACCUCUAGUGGCCGUUUGAGUGACGGCCACUAGAGGUGUUACCAGGCAGCAAUGUAAACUGUCUUUUCUCUAAUUAAGCUGCAUUGGUUCUGGUGGCUAUAGUGUCCCUUUUAAGAAUUAGUAUUUUAGAAUUAGCAAGCAAGUUUGUCAAGCCCUGACUGUAAUUUCACAUAUCCAUAUAUGCAUAUAUUGCGAUUAAAGUACGUCAAUUGUUACUAGAUUCAAGACCUUUCUCACUAAACUAAACCAUUUCAACUCGCAAAGAAAGCACUAUUUAAUCCAUGUAACUCCCCUUUAAAGUCAAGAAAAAACACACUUUAUGGCCAAAUGUCAAGCAAAAAGAAAAUUGGAGCAAAUAUAAAGUGUGUUUUGCCCUUUUAUAUUUAAAUCUUAAAUACACAGCUCUUCCAUAUUUAAUAAUGGAAAAUUGAAACAACCAUAUUUUUAUAUGCCAGGUGUUUUACAUUUGUAAGAUUUUGUAAUUCUUUACAAUCUUACAUGUAGGUCAACAAACCCUAAAAUAGUUUCUGCCAAGACUUAUGGUGUCACAGAAUUUGGUAAAACACCCACGCAAAAAAAACCAACUUGUUUUCUAUAUUGGCUCUGAUCUGCAGGGACAUUUGGCUUCUGCUGAAGACCAGAUGCUACAUGAGCAUAUGGUAAGACCCAAGUGAGUUCUCAAUCCAUUUUAGCAGGUUUUGACACUUUACCAUAGGUAGACAUCAGGGCACUUCAGACAACAUAAUCACUACAGUCUUCUUUUAAUUGCAUUAGUCUAUAACAUCCCCUAAACUUAUUAAAGUUGCUCUAGGGGAGAUCUUCAAAGAGGUGUAUAGUUAGCCCGUGAUAACCGUACCAUUCAUCACUGAAGUAUACUUUUCAAGCUCUUUGAGCCUCCCCCCCAUCACCUGAUAACUAUUUCAAGUAAAGUUGUUUUUGUAUGUUGCAGUGUGUGUGUGUGUGUGUGUGUGUGUGUGGUUGGAGCUCUGCCUGCUGAAUAUUGCCUGUAGUCUGCUAAAGAUUACUACAAACAUUAAUUGUUGCCUACAGCACUGCCUCGUUUGCUUUGCUUAAUUUUCACAUUUAUGAAAUUAUUUGCACAUGUCGUUAUCUACAGCCUUGGCAGAGACGAGAACAUGGCUGUGAUCUCCAAUAGUGCAGCAAAGAUUUUUAAGGUUAUGGGAUAAGUAGUAUGAUUGUCUGUUUUGAAAUGUAUUUAUUAACAUGGGACAGUCCCAGUCACAAGUACUUUUAAAACACAGUCCCAAUAUAUCCUGAUUGGCUUCCUGGUGUAUCUAGCCAACCAGUAUACAACUAGAUUAAUUAUGAAUUACUCUGUGCAAUAAAAUACACAUCAAAAUCUUCAUGAAUGAUCCUUAACCCUUCUGGAAGUACUUUGGGAUAUGUAACUUGUCAAGAUCUCCGUAGCAUUGCAGAUCCAUCUGAGAGAAUGCUAAUGGUUAUCAAGGCUCCUCCAGAAACACAGAUGCAGGUUUCUGAUCCAAUUGAAGUAAGUGUUUUAGUGGAUUUUUCAAACUGCUUCUUUAGUGGGGAUGGUACAGCUCAUGAGGCAUUCUGAGUUGCUUUACCCAUGUUAAUGCUGCAGACUGGGCAUAAGAAUCUAAAUAUACCCAAUAGACAUACCACAUGCCAAAAAAUAAAUUUCUUGCCAGAUGAUCUUUGAUGGCCAAACUCUUCAGAAUAACAAACAAAUACCCUGUCAUCUGUUACAAUACUUGUGGCUUGUUAAAGAGACGCUAUAGGCACCCAUACAACUUUAGCUCCUUGAAGUGGUCUGGGUGCAGUGUCCCAUCACACUUAACCAUGAGCAAGUAAUUAUUGUAGUUUAAAAAACUGCAAUAAUUACCUGCUAGGGUUAACUCCUAGUCUAGUACCAGACAGCCACUAGUGGGACUAUUGGGUCUUAGCUAUGCAUGAGGACUUUCAGCGUCACAGGAAUCCCCAUAGGAAAGCAUUGAAUAACACUUUCCUAUAAGGAAAUCCUAAUACGAGUGCAUUAGGUCUCCCCCACCGGCUGACCUGAGACAGCACUGAGGGUCAUCACUGCUGGACCCAGGAAAGUGACAGGGGUUACAGAAAAGUGUUGUUUUGUUUGUUUUUGUUUUUUAGCACUAUAGUUUCCUUUUAACUUUGUAACAUCAGUAUCAAGUAGAAAAGAUCUAAAAAGAGCUGUUGGAGCAUUAUUCUAAGUGAAUCAUAUGUUAAGCAUAUUUCUUUCUUUCAGGCACUUCAGAUAUCCUUAAAAAGCACCCGUGGCCCUAUUGAUGUAUUUCUCUGUCCAGAUGACAGCUCUGGGGUCUGCAGUCCAGUCAAGUCAAGUCCCACAAAAGCUGCUAGCCGUGAGCAUUCUCCUCUUGCUCAUGCUAGUGAUGGGUCGCCUGACCUCAACACCACGCAUGAUAUUGGCUUAGGACUACUCUCGUGUGAACAAGGUGAGCAUAUACAAUCACCAGGAAAGUAAAGGAGAAACAAAUGAUCUCCUUCAUUUUUCACCUCAACAAGCACAUGUUCUAGCUUGAGACAUCUCUCAGUACUGUAGUUUAUUGACUGAGAAUGCAGGCUUACAGCGUACUCCUUUUAGAUUACGAGUAAGACAAGAUGACUUCUAAGUUAAGCAUUCCAUAUGCAGCCUGAAGGCUCUGUGUCUGACAGGUAAACACACAUGCUUUUCCUUUGGUGGUCCUGAUAAGCAGAUAUCAAACAGUCAUAUGUUGCUUCAGAGACUGCUCAAUGGUGAAGUGGAAGUGUUGCUCAAAAAGCUCCAUUCACAAUGUUCUUACACUUUUAAAAUUUUUUUUAAAGGGACACUAGUCACAAACUAUACAGCUUUAUGUAGUGGUUCGUCGGCAAAGAAUCUGUCCCUGCAGUCUCAGCAGUGUAAAGUAACUUCAAGAGUUCAGUUUUGCAAGUCCCCCUAGUUCAGUGUCUCCAUGCUUUCCAUAGAAAUGCAUUGACUUGAUGUAUCUUGAUGAAAAGAUGCAGUUUGGCACAGCAUGGUCAUUUGCCUUGCAUGUGCACUAGCGCCCCCCACUGCUUCAGUUUGGUUAAAAAUUGGAUUAGCUGAGAUCCGGAUUGAUGAUUUCAGCAGGGCAACUACGAGAAAGUAUUUAGCUCUUAAAGGGGCGCUAUAGGCAUCAGAAACUGGACAGCUUAAUGUAGUGGUUCUGGGGUAAAGAGCAUGUCCCUGCAAGAUUACAAGAUAGCAUUUACAUUGCUGCUUAAUGUCACCUUUAGUGAAUGAUACUUGGAGUGCCACUAGACUGACUUUCCAACAAUUUUAUAAAACUUCCCUGCAUCACCUCCUCUUCUGUCAAUCAGACUUUCAUUGGCUCCACAAAGUUGGAAGUAGUGGUCACACUAGAGUAGAGUCCGUAUGCCUUCCCUGCUUAAUGGGUGUAAUGGAGCUCCCUGUACUCCGACUGGGUACCUCCACCAAAAGACCGCUUCCUAGCUGGAACAGGGGACAAACCACAGCACUGCUGCCCACAGUUGCCGUGGCUUGACUGGGGCCUUGGAGCCGAAUGGGGAAUUGGCUCUAGUCCUUACAGAGACUUUCCCCGUUGAAUCCCCUGCAAGCUGGAACAGCAGACAAGAGUAAAUCUUCUUUCCCUCCAAUAACAGGACGACCCACAGUUUUGAAGUGUAAGAUGGAAUAGCAAAUUAAUGGAGGCACACUGGCCUUUUAUGCAAGUUUCCCAACAAGGGUGACACCCAGGUGGACCUAGUUGGGCACAGGGACACAAACUUCCAAACCAAUAACACAUUUACAAUGUAAGGCACUCCCUCACAAGGCAAACAAUGCCUGCAUGGGAGAUAAUUGAGUUACUUACUGUAUCAACUCCAUUAUCUCCAGGCAGGAAAAAAGUCCCAAAAGUACCCCAAAACACAACAUAUCCCAAAAUCACCCAGAUCAGAGCACGGGUUCAGGUAUUUCCUGGAAGUCAUAGUUCUGACCGACCGUGCAAAACGGUUCCAGGGAAAUCAGUGCCAACAGCCGGUCAAGUUUGGUAGUCUUUUACAGGUUUCCCUGCAGGGCCCAUAGUCUGUGGGCAGAAGGCUGGCAAGCAGGCUCCUCCAGGAGCUUGUGGCAAACUCACUUGGAGAGGGGAGUUUGUCACAAUGAGCUUCAAUGCUUUGGAAAGCCAUGUGUUCUUACAGCUCCAAUGAGAAGCCUCUGUUAAACACACUAGCGCAGAUUUUCAGGGCUUGCAAAGGCUGCUAACAGCAAGUGAUCUGUGGAGCCUCUUUUUGGUCAGGGAGGACCUCACCUACUGCUCUCAUUUGUUGUGCAAGGUUUUGUUUGGUUUAUGAAUUCAAAACCUUACUGCCUAUUGAGUUCCUUUUUAGUUUUUAUGUAAAAGGAACUAAUUUGUUCAGGAAGUUUUAAAGAGUAAGAAGAAAUGGGCUGGGUUAAGUUACAGAAAAUUUGCAGCCAAAGGUCACAUGGUGGCUCUGAAAAAGUGAUAAACUGCUACUGUUUAAAAAAUAAAACAUGAGUAAUAACAGAAAAUUCAUCUGCACAAUGGCAAGUUACAUAGAGUAUUUUUAAUUGUUGUUCCCUUUUUUUGUGAAAUGCAAAACUGUAACAUUGCACAAUUUUUGUUCUUCUAGAGUCUCUCCUAUCUCCAGAAACGGACUUGCCCAUGGGAUACACUCCAGAGGGCCUUCACCUAUCCCCUGUGUCUAAUGCAACUCUCCUAACUGAAGCCAGGGAUGUCCUACCAGACCUUCUAAAUGAUGAAUUCAUCAGCUUGUCUCCUCCAAUGUCUCACGAGUACCACUUUGGCCUGGAGAACACAGAGGGUGUUAGUGAUCUAUUUGACUGUGACUUUGGCGAUCUAACAUCUUUCGAUUUGUAAAGAGACCUGUGGCUUAUUAUUGUGUUGGCUGAGGAGAUUCAGUACAAAAGAUGAUUCAAUCUUUGUGAUCUUUAAGACUCCCUGACUUUGUAUUUGAUUGCAUUUGAAAGACAGUUGCAAAGAAGGUGUUAAUAUUUUUUUUUUAUUAAUCAAGCGCUUUUGUAUCAAAAUGAAAAGGCUCUUAACCCUGUGACAGCAAUCCAUAUCCUAAUAAAAGCACUUAUGUGGAGCUAUAGAAAGUGUGCGAGCAAAGAGUUGGUGAAGAACAUCCUGGAGUAUGGAGGACAAUGGCAUCCCAAAGCUUUAAUUGUGGCCUAUGGAAGUUUUUUUUUGUCUUUCACAUUGUGCCCUUUAACCCCUUAAGGACACGUGACAUGUCAUGAUUCCCUUUUAUUCCAGAAGUUUGGUCCUUAAGGGGUUAAGUCAUCAGUCUUCAUAUUUCUGCUUUGAAAAGCAGAUGACUUAAAGUUCAUUAAAUGUAUAUUGCUUUUCACUGCCAAAUCUAAAACCAUUUUUACUGUCAAAACCAUUUAAUUUGAAAUGGAUUGGUGUAUCGGCUUCAUUAAUACCAUUGCCCUUGUGCCUUGCUCCUAUUUUUCUUUUAAUGGUACACUCAAGCCUAUAAUCGACUCCUUUUCUCCCCUAUGGUGAUAAUGCAAUAAAAUGCAAAUAAUACAUUGGAAAAUAUUGAAAGUACAAGAUACUUGCUGCAGUGAUAUCUGCACAGAGAAAAAGAAAUGGGACUUUUUUUUUUUUUUCAUUCAAUACUGGUUUCCCCAAUUGUUUUCAAAGGUAUCACUGUAUAUAUUCCACAAGCCCUGUGCAGUAUGGGAUUAUGGGAGAUGUAGUACUGCCUUCAGCUUUCAGAUGAAUGUUGGUUGAUUCAGCACAAGGCAAAUGGUUGCAAAUUGUUUAAUGAAUGGAAAAUCUGAACAGAGCUACUUGUUUAAGAGUAGUUCUAUACAUAGUUUUCAUGCAUGAAACUGCUUGCAUCCUGAUCUGCCUGGAUGCUCUACAAAUCUCAAGCUCCACUAGAUCAGUACAACUAUUACAUUUUAUGGAUAAUGUAUAGCUGUAUUUUUGUCUUGACAUUGUCUGUUGGGCAUUGGGGUUGACCGGAUGGCUGAGGUUAAACUGCAAGUGGUUACUAAAAUAGAUGGGGGGUUUUUUGUGUGCAAAAUAUGACAUCAACAUGCAAAAAAACAUUUUCUCUCGCUUUUUCCCCUCUGUAAUGCUCAGUUAGAUGUAUUCCUUCAGUUUAACUGCCUGCUGUGUCACCUUAAAGGUUGAAAUACCAUAACUACUGUAAUGGCUAUGGUGCCAAGAGUCUCUGGUGCACCCCAAUUGCCUAACGUCUAGCAGAUGUGCCUGCCAGGCUUGGCACAGAACUGAGAGCUUCCAGCUGCAUUGGAGGCAGAGCGUGUUGCUCUGAGGACCCUAGACACGUCAAGCCGUUUAAAAAAAAAAAAAAAAAAAGUUCUAUUACUUACAUGAGGUAAAGGUGUGCCAGGGCACUCCCUUACACCAUAACCAUUAGAGGGAUGUAGUGGUUAUGGUACUUGGUGUCUUAUUUAAAGUGGCUUUGUCCACUACAAAUGUGCAGAUUACUGCCCAUUUUAGGUUUACUUAUCCAAAUUUCAGGCAAGUUCAAAAUUUAUUUUUUUAUUUGUGUGUGCUCCCAUAAUUCCAGUCAUGUAGAAGAGUGAUAGGAAUUUUGAGAACAUGCAGAUACACGUCAAUUCACUGCUGUCUUCAUACUUGUUCAUAUCUUUUAUGCAGACAACAAGUAGAAUCUUUAAAAAGCUUAAAGCAAUAAACAAUCUAUAUAUAUAUUGUCUAGCACAAAUUGUAAAUGAAACUAAAGCACUGGGUGUCACCAUUUUCAUGUUUACGUGACUGGUGCACUCUUAAAUACUUUCCUGCAGAAACAGUUUGCAGGAAAGCAACUGCCCUCCAUCCUUUUAGGUCAGGGUUAGGCAACCACUUACAUUCCAUUUUGACUGGCAGAGCUUUAUGGGGGUUGUAGUCCAUGGAAUCUGCAAUGGUUGCCUUUCCCUGCUUUAGGUCAUGAUUUGUAUGUAUAUUUAUACUAUAACAUACCUAGAAAUAUAGUAUUUAUAAAUGAGUAAAUAUUUCUGUCUGGUAUUCCCUGUGAUAUAGAAUGAAUCUCAUGUUCACUGUUUGCAAAUGUAGGGCAGGCCGGAUCAAUGUGUUAGCAAAUGAUUUAAGCUUAAUUUAUCUGGAUGUGUGGUUUGUAUGUGUAUUUGUUUUCAAUAAAGAUAUUUUCCAGCUUAAAUAUCAGACUUUAAUGUGGGGACUGUAUCACCCAGAGCUGCAAUUUGAGUGCACCAUCCAAAGCUUGACCAUGAUGUUGCUGUAUGUUGAGCAAGAUUCUGUAUUGUUACCUGCAAGCAUACUAGCCAAAAGAACUGGUUUUGAUGUCACCAACUAUAUGGUGCAAUACUGAAUUAGGCUAUUGAUGCUCAGACUGAAGGCCUUGUGGCAAG